GUUUCUAAUCUCGGGUUACACUAUUUAGGUGAUUGUCAUUUUUAACUGAAUUGCUAUUCGUCGCCCUAAAAUUUGAAUUUUAUCGCCCUAAAUCAGACCAAAAUGACAAAGAAACCCCUAUCCCCAAUUCAAACCUAAAUCCUAAAAACAAACUCAGUAACUCACGCUCCGAAAACCUACAGCCGCCUAACCAAGAACACUCCCGCCGGCAUACCCACCUCCCUCAUGCCGCCUAACCCCCAAUCCCUCCCUCCGCCGCCUAACCCACCUCCCUCACGCCGGCAAGCCCAGAACCGGCAAUCCCUCCCUCCCACCGCCUAACCUUCCAGAUGCUAGCCUCUCGCUUUCUCAAUUCCAUGCGAGAUGCAAGAGAAUUCCUCUUUGGGGGUUCUGAUUUUGUUUGAGUGUUUGAUGAGAGAGAGGUUGGUGCCUUGGUACGUGGUAGAAAGAUAGAGAGGUGGAAAAUAAUAAGAUUUCAAAAAAAAAAAUUAUUUCACAUGUUAAUUUAACGGUCAAAGAUUAUGGUUGACUGCCAUCUAAGAUGAAGGUGACAGAGUUUAACGGUCUGUGAUCAAUUAUGAAAUAAUGAUGUAAAGUUAGUGAUCAAUAAGUAAGGAAAAUUUUUUGAGUAGCAAAAGUGAAACAAAUUGAUUAACCGAGUGACCAAACAUGAAAUUCAUCUGAACUAAGGACAUAUAAGUAAAUUUGACUUAAUUAGGGCGACGAAUAAGAAAUUUUAGGGCGACGAAUAGCAAUGCCCAUUUUUAAAACAGAGAAAAAUCGGGGUGCAUUUCGGUAAUUAGGCAAAAAACGCGGUGGCAGGGAUAGUAAAUACAACGAAACCAUAGGGGACAGUUUAGUCAUUUUAAACUAGGCGGCCGCCGGUCAGCUCACUCUCUCACUCCUUCGCCUCUCUCUCGUUCUUUCUCUUCUCUAAGCCUCCCCUGAGACAGACGAGAAAAAGGAAAAGAAAACCCUUCCUCUGACAUGCGAACAAACGCCACAAAACGAAACCCCUCUUCCUCUUCUUGAUUCUGCAGACGACGAUAAUAAAAACGGAAGGCAUACCCCGCCGGCGACGACAAGGUAGACAUCGUCGGAGACUACAACGACGGUGACUAGGAGGGAAUUCGAAGGUUCGUUCUUUAAUUUUUUUUGUAUUUUUGUCUUUGCAUGUCGAUUCUUAGGCUUGAGAUUCUGAUUUGAAUCUUUGUUUAUUUUGGACUUGCAUUUUGAAUCCUUGUUCUCGCAUUUUGCUUUCCAGUUCAGAUUUGCUUUCGUUACUUUUGAAGAAUGUAGCUGGUGAUUUCGAGGGACGCCAAGGCUACUCAAUGGUCUCUGAAUUUCAGUGUGUGUUUUGUUUUGUUAUAAUCUUGCUAAUUUGAAUCUCAAAGACUUAAAACUAAAACUAUGAGAUCUAUUGUAGCCUCGGACCUCAGUGGUUGUGAUGUUUGUUUCUUCCAAUAAGUAACAAAGACGAAAGGAAUUUGCAUAGCUUUUUGUGUUCUCACGUGAAUAAGCUCAAUGGGCUGGGGUUAUCUUCUGCACUGGGCAAUCGAAUGCCGUAAUUAGCUCCUGUUUGUUGAUAUGCAUGCAGAACAAAAAGCUCCUAGGUGACUUGGGAUUGGAGGGUCCCUGCAUUUUCAAUUGCUCUUGGUUGAUCAAUAGAUAGAUUGCAUAGGCAUGAGAAUAUGCAGUGGAUGGCGCCGUUUCCUCAUUUUUCUUCCUAUUCUUUUCAUCCUUUCUCAUCUGCUCUAUGUUUUUGAGUUACACCCAGAGGCUGUCGAAAAUCGGUCCAGGAAGGAAAACAAAAAAUCUGAUCAUCUGGUUCUUGGGCCUGCUGCAGGUCAAGGCUUUCCUAAUCGUUUGCAAUGCCAAGGCUAUCGAGCGCUGAACAAGACGCAUGUACAAACAUCUUCUUUUCCUUCCAAUUUAGGGGUUGGAGUAUCUUUCGUCACCGUAUUCACCAUUUAUAACUCUUCAGUGGGUGUUCAUGCUGAGAGUCGAUCAUCAAAUUUGGUUACCGUUGGAAGUGCUUCAUAUACAAAGACUGAGAGGUCACUGGCCAUUCUGAAUGUCUACAUUAACUUCAUUCAGGUGGCAAUGCCUCGGAGCAAUGUUGUCAUUCUGACUGAUCCAGCAUCUGAUCUCUCGAUUCAUCGGAACCAUGUCAGUGUAUAUCCAGUUAAGGGUGAAUAUUCCCGGGACAACCUGAUGCUCCAACGGAUCAGAUCUUACAUUGCUUUUCUAGACAUCAAGCUGAAGGACCCGGUGAAAGAGCCUGGGCGUAUAAAUCACUACAUCUUCACCGACUCGGAUAUAGCUGUAGUUGGUGACCUAGGUCACAUGUUCCGUGACUACCCGAAUUUUCAUCUGGCUCUCACCUUUCGCAACAAUAAGGGCCAGCCUCUUAAUUCAGGGUUCAUAGCUGUUAGAGGAACUCGUGAUGGAAUCUUUAGGUCAAAGAUAUUCCUUGAGAAGGUACUUCAAGUAUACAGUUCCAAGUACAUGACUGCUUCUAGAAUGCUUGGAGACCAGUUAGCUCUUGCAUGGGUGGUGAGGUCUCAUCCUGCUUUUGACUCGGGGAGAUUUAGCAAAUCACGGGCUUUUCAAGAAGACAUAGACGGUGCAUCGGUGCUGUUUCUACCGUGUGCUACACACAAUUGGACACCACCAGAAGGUGCAGGGCAGUUCCAUGGUAUGCCGUUGGAUGUCAAGGUGGUUCAUUUUAAGGGUUCGAGGAAGCGACUAAUGCUGGAGUCUUGGAACUUCUUCAAUUCCUCGUCUACUGUGAGCGUAUCCGACAUGUUGUGCCUCGUUUUAAUGAGCGGGAGAACUAAGUAUGACUUUUGAAUCAUGUAAACAGUUGGGAGAAACAGAUAGCAACCAGUGGCCUGGUCAUGGCGGGAAAAACCUUGGGUUAAUUUUGAGGGGAAAAGAAGGGAUGUUUUUCUUUUCUUUUUAUGGGGCAAUCAUUGCAUAAUCGAAAUACUCUGCUGUGCAUUUGUUUUCUGAACUUUGCUCGAAGUUCUAGUUCACAUCUGAUGCUUGGCUCGCUCAUGGAAACAAACCCCACAGAUAUGACACACUAGUCGUUAUCUUUGUAGUAUAGGGUACGGGGCAAAAGUCAAAACGAUACGAUGUGCUACUCGGGGUGAAUUUAGCGUUAUUGUAUAAUAAUGUCUUGGGGUUUUGGGGAAAUUGUAAAGUUGAUCACUGAAAUUAUUAAAAACAUUUAUGUUUGGUUACUAAAAAUAUUUAAUUUCAUUUGUGGUCACAUUUUAGUUAAAUGUUUCAAGUUUGGUCACUUUCCGUCCAACUCCGUUAACUUUUGCUUAUGUGGCAGUCAACUCUUAUAGUUGACCGUUAAAUGUGUGACAUGUCAAUUAAAAAAUAAUAAAAUAAAUUUUAAUUAUUUAUAAUUUCCAACUCAUUUCCAACUGUUAAAAAAAUAAAAUAAAAUAAUUUGUAUUUCCCUCCGAUUCACCUCUCUUCUCUCUCCACGCAGUCGUCGUUCACUCUUUCCCCGGCAAGAUAGCCGCCGACUCCUCUAAAUCCCUAGCCGUCGUCCCAUAGUUAAAUAUUUCCAAAUCCCUAAUUGUCCCACAGUUCACUCUUAUAACCGGCGGCGGCGAUCGAGGCUGUAUGCGUGCCGUGACCAAUGAUUCCCAGUUUAGCCACACUUUGGGAACCCUCCGGUGAUUCGAUUCCUGCUCAGUCCAAGUAAGAAAUUUCAUAUGGGACGACUAGGGAUUUGGAAAAGUUGGUGGCUAUUUUGCCGGCGAAUGAGUGAACGACGCCUCGUGCAGAGAGGAGAGGGAUGUGAAUCGGAGGGAAAUAUAAAUAUGAAAAUUUUAUUUGUUAGUUAGAAAUGAGGUGGAAAUAUAAAUAAUUAAAAUUUAUUUAUUUUAUUAGUUUUUAAUUGCCAAGUCACACAUUUAACGGUCAACUAUAAGAGUUGACUGUCACAUAAGCAAAAGUUAACGGAGUUGGAAGGAGAGUGAACAAACUUGAAACAUUUAACUAAUUUUAGUGACCACCAAUGGAAUUAAAUAUUUUUAGUGACCAAAAGUGAACGAUUUUAGUAAUCCUAAUGACCAGCCUUGCAAUUUACCCUAAUAUCUUGAAUUGAUAAAAUUUUGGGGUAAGGAGGAAUUAUACUCUAAUCCUUAAUAGUAAGCCUCAUAUUUCUCUUAAAUCUUAAACCAUCAGAUGAUAAAUCUAGCUGAAAAUUUUACGUGCAAAUUAUUAGCUGAAAAUUAGGGAUUUUUAAUUGGGUUGUUGGUAGUGGGAUAGUGCUCUGUAGCUAGUUUUUAGGAGUAGUAGGUUUGAGCUUUGCCUAUAUAAUUUAGUUUGAAUGGUUGUAAUUGGGAGCUCAGAAGAUUAAUCAAAGGAACACAUUAGU